UGUCCGAGACCUCCUUACCCGAACCAGGGCGAAGCAAGGACCCUUUACAAGCAAAAUAGAGGAGCUCACAAAAAGAGCUCCUCUCUCGGCAAAGCCACUGCUCAGACUGCCGCUUUGGACACAAAGAAUGCAAUAGGCGUUCUUUGCAGCCAAUGCAGCACUUCGGGAAGAGGCUUGGCCGAGAGAGGAGCUCUGCUUGCGAGUUCCUCUCUCCUUUCAAUUGACUGCGGCGGCGACUGGGCUUUUUUGAGAGGGGGAAUAGGGAAUUCUUUAUUCAGGCAGCUGGGAGGGCGGUGGGCGGCGGCCUUUAUUCGUGCGGGGAAUGGGACGGCGAAGGAGAAAUCGGCCAGCAGGGAGGGCGGGAGGACAGUUGGCGCCGCGGGAAACAUUUGAGAAACUAUCUUCCAUUUGGCCAACAUGGCCACCACUGUCACACAAGCACUUCCAAGUCCCCUGCCAUUCCCUCUCCCUCUCCCUUUCCGCGGACAACCAAUCACAAACCUGGAAAACUCCCCCCCCCCCUUACCAGCUAAGGGCGGGAAAAGUGGGUGCAUAAAUAACGGGAGCGCGAGACAGGCUAACAGACUAACGGUCACCGCUAGAGCAGAGCGUAAGGAGAGUAGCAAACGUCGUAUAUUAUUGCCUCCACAUUGACUAAAAAAAAUAAAUAUAAUUAACUAGAUUAAAUAAAUAAAUAAAUAAAUAAAUAAAUACAAAGGCAGGACACAAAACUCCCUGAGGGGAGUCAGCCGGCUAACCAACAGGGAAGCCCUUUUCUUCUCACAACAGCAGAGACAGUGCCAUCCCUUGCCUAUAGUGGAGAAUUGGAGAAAAUACCACAGAGGGUCAUACAUAAAUAAACUUCAAAGGGGGCACGAAAUAGAACCUAAAAAAAGGAGUGAAAGAGAGAGAGAGGAAAGAAGGAGAGUCCACAUAUAUUGCCCUCAAAGGAGGCAAAAAUCAAAAUCGGGGAAAAAGGGAAAAAAAGAAACAGAGAGAAAAGACAGGAAAGAAGGAGAGUCCACAUAUAUUUGACUUAUAGACACUGCCCUCAAAGGGGGCAAAAAACAAAAUCUGAUAAAAUUUAAAAAGAACAAAAAGACACGUGAAACACUGACUUCGCCUUGGCCAGGAUCCUCAACCCAGAACCCACUAACGCACAGGGAAGUCACAGCCAGGCAGAAGAAACAAGAUAAUAAUCAAAUCACCAAUAUUCCUGCUGAUACCAGCAGUGUGAAAUAAACCACAGUUACAAAACCUUCAAAGGGGGCAAAAACCAAAAUCUAAACAAAGGAGCAUAAGAGAGAGAGAGGAAAGACAGGAAAGAAGGAGAGCCCACAUUUAUUAGACUUGGACACUGCCCUCAAAGGACGCAAAAAACAAAAUCUAAACAAAGGAGCAUAAGAGAGAGAGAGGAAAGACAGGAAAGAAGGAGAGUCCACAUAUAUUUGACUUAUAGACACUGCCCUCAAAGGGGGCAAAAACCAAAAUCUAAACAAAGGAGCAUAAGACAGAGACAGGAAAGAAGGAGAGUCCACAUAUAUUUGACUUAUAGACACUGCCCUCAAAGGGGGCAAAAAACAAAAUCUGAUAAAAUUUAAAAAGAACAAAAAGACACGUGAAACACUGACUUCGCCUUGGCCAGGAUCCUCAACCCAGAACCCACUAACACACAGGGAAGUCACAGCCAGGCAGAAGAAACAAGAUAAUAAUCAAAUCACCAAUAUUCCUGCUGAUACCAGCAGUGUGAAAUAAACCACAGUUACAAAAACUUCAAAGGGGGCAAAAACCAAAAUCUAAACAAAGGAGCAUAAGAGAGAGAGAGGAAAGACAGGAAAGAAGGAGAGCCCACAUUUAUUAGACUUGGACACUGCCCUCAAAGGAGGCAAAAAACAAAAUCUAAACAAAGGAGCAUAAGAGAGAGAGAGGAAAGACAGGAAAGAAGGAGAGUCCACAUAUAUUUGACUUAUAGACACUGCCCUCAAAGGGGGCAAAAACCAAAAUCUAAACAAAGGAGCAUAAGACAGAGACAGGAAAGAAGGAGAGUCCACAUAUAUUUGACUUAUAGACACUGCCCUCAAAGGGGGCAAAAAACAAAAUCUGAUAAAAUUUAUAAAGAACAAAAAGACACAUGAAACACUGACUUCGCCUUGACCAGAAUCCUCAACCCAGAGCCCACUAACACUCAGGGAAGUCACAGCCAGGCAGAAGAAACAAGAUAAUAAUCAAAUCACCAAUAUUCCUGCUGAUACCAGGAGUGAGAAAUAAACCACAGUUACAAAACCUUCAAAGUGGGCAAAAACCAAAAUCUAAACAAAGGAGCAUAAGAGAGAGAGAGGAAAGACAGGAAAGAAGGAGAGCCCACAUUUAUUAGACUUGGACACUGCCCUCAAAGGAGGCAAAAAAAUAAAAAAUCUAAAAAAAAAACCCAAAGAGAGAGAGAUAGAAAAAAGGCAGGAAAUAAGGAGAGUGAGAAAGCAAAAAAGUGAGGAAAAUCCUAGCUGCUCUUACUUCAGACCUGCAUCUCAAACCACAGUUACAAAACCUUCAAACGGGACAAAAAACAAAAUCUAAACAAAGGAGCAUUAAAGAGAGAGAGAGGAAAGAAGGAGAGUCCAUAUUUAUUAGACUUGGACACUGCCCUCAAAGGAGGCAAAAAACAAAAUCUAAACAAAGGAGCAAAAGAGAGAGAGAUAGAAAAAAGGCAGGAAAUAAGGAGAGUGUGAAAGCAAAAAAGUGAGGAAAAUCCUUGCUGCUCUUACUUCAGACCUGCAUCCCCAGCAGGAUUAAAAGUUAGUGCCUUAGGCCAAGCUCUGCCACAUACCAGGUUCCAGUGAAGAACACCUCUCACAGCAGCUCAAGGAAUUGGAACCACAACACAAUAAACAGCUAAUUCACCACACACCCAAAUUCAUACACAUAUAUUUGGCUUAGGCACUGUCCUGAAAGGGGGCAAAAAACAAAAUCCAAGAAAAUUUAUAAAGAACAAAAACACAUGUGAAACACUGACUUCGCCUUGGCCAAGAUCCUCAGCCCAGGGUCCACUAACACACAGGGAAGUCACAGCCAGGCAGAAGAAACAAGAUAAUAAUCAAAUCACCAAUAUUCCUGCUGAUACCAGCAGUGUGAAAUAAACCACAGUUACAAAACAAUAAGAACAAAAAGUCUGUACAGUACAUUCAGCCAAAAUCAAUAAAGAAUAAAAAGGCCAAUUUACAAAGAGAAAAAUAAAACAAAAAUUGAAACUAAGAAACAUGGCCUCCAUAGCACAAGAAGAGAACAUAAAAAUGACAGCCAACAGAGAAAUCCAACAAGACAUAGAGAAGCAGCAAAUAGAGAAAGAUAAAAAGAAUUACCAAAUACUAAUGAACAAGAAAAAAGCAGAACGCGAGAAACACAGACGCGCAAAAAGAACAAAUGAACAGAAGGAAAAUGAACAGCACAGACACACACAACGACAUAGAGAAAACAGAGCAAAGCAGACACCAGAAGUAAAACAUAUGGAGAAAGAGCUAACUAGCCACCAGAAACAAACAAAACAGGAAAAAGCAGAAAAAGAAAACCAAAGACGAACACAGAGAACAUUUGAGCAGAGACAAAUUGAGCAGCAAAAAAUAAAAAUAAGACGCAUUAAAAAAAAAUCAAAUCAAACUCCAGAAGAACAACAAACACAGCAAAAACAACAUGCAGAGAAGGAGAGAACAAGAAGAAGAGAUCAGACUGCUGAACAACAAAAAAUGCAUCGCCAAGAAGUAACCCAUAAAAAAAGAUCCCAAAAUCUGGAAUAUCAGGCUGCAAUCACCACAACAUCCAUUCUAAAUGACAAUACAGAGCACAACCAGAACAACAUCAAACCACACAACUGCGGCAGUUUGGACCAAAGAUGCGAAUUCUGUGCUGCAAAGCAUUUUAAGGAAGAAAGACCCACAGAUCAAAAAUUCACACAUUGCUGCUCUAAGGGAAAAGUACAUCUACCCCCCAUAAAAACAAUGCCAUUCAUCCAGCAGCUUAUGACAGGCCAACAUCAACACAGCAGAAACUUUACGGAGAAUGUCAGAUCGAUAAAUAGUGCCUUAGCAUUUGCCUCCAUGGGAGCAAACAUUGUACCACCACCUGGCCAUGGGCCGUACUGCUUCCGGAUACACGGCUCAAUUUGCCACAGAACAGGGACACUGCACCCACAGCAGGGCCAAGACAGACAAUUUGCACAGUUAUACAUCUUGGAUCCCACUGAGGCCACAGAGAAAAGAAUGCUAAACAAAUCCAACACUAAAAUAAAACCUCAACUCAUGCAAGCGCUGAGUACACUUAUGGCUGAAAACAAUCCAUUUGCUGAAGCCUGCAAAAUGCUACACCAGGUAGAAAAAGAGUGUCAAGACAAUGCCCAUGAGACUGGCAAUGCUAUUCAGGAAGUGACCAUGUCAAUAGUCCACGAUCGUGAAAAUGACCCUAGACGAUAUAAUGCACCAAACCACAAUGAGGUAGCGUUCAUUUUCCAAAAUAACGAAGGAGAACCACCACUGGAAAGAGAUCUACUAAUACAUUGCAAGCCAAGUACAGGCAACCCUGAUGAGAGAAAAACACAAAGGAUUAGUGUCCUAGAUCCAAAUCUAGAGCCAAUGGUGUACCCACUGCUAUUCCCCUGUGGAGAACAAAGCUGGGGGAUAGACAUACCUUUACAACUUAGGCCACAAGUCUUAAAAAAUUUAACAAAACAGCCACAUGCACCAAGAGUACGAGUCACCCAGAUGCAGUACUAUGGCUACCGUCUAUCCAUCAGAGACGAAUUUAACCCCUUCCUAAAUGCUGGACGCCUAACGCAGCAAUACAUGGUAGAUGCCUACGUUAAAACUGAGGCCAACAGACUCAAUUUUGUCCGGCAAAAUCAACCAAAAUUGAGAGUGGAGAAAUACUCAGGGUUGAUGGACCACUUAAAUGAAGUAGCCAAUGCAACAGGCCAAAUUCCCGGAAAGACAUUUAUUUUGCCAUCUUCAUUUCCAGGAAGCCCAAGAAAUAUGCUCCAAAACUAUCAGGAUGCAAUGGCCAUUGUUAGAAAGUACGGAAAACCAGAUCUCUUCAUUACAAUGACAUGUAACCCCAAGUGGGAUGAAAUUAGAGAAAACCUAGAAUAUGGCCAAACAGCUGCAGCACGACCAGAUUUAGUGGCAAGAGUCUUUCACCUCAAACUCAGAUCACUAAUUGAAGACAUCUGCAAGAAGCAUAUAUUUGGAACACCCACAGCCAUUGUGUAUGUCAUAGAGUUCAAAAAAAGAGGCUUGCCACAUGCACACCUAUUACUCAUCCUAGCAGAAAACUAUAAACCUAAAACCGAAGCAUCCAUAGACAACAUAGUAUCUGCAGAAAUCCCAGACAUUGAAAAAACCCCACGACUUCAUGCAAUCAUUACAAAGCAUAUGAUACAUGGACCAUGUGGAACUCUCAACCAAUAUUCGCCAUGUAUGUCCAACCAAAAAUGCAUCAAAGAAUUCCCAAAAGAAUACCAAGAACAUACUAUCGCAAACAAAAACAGUUACCCUAAAUACAGAAGAAGAAACACUGGCCAGACAACAAUGCAAAAAGGAAAACCAAUUGAUAACAGGUGGGUUGUACCGUACAAUCCAUUCCUAGCCCUGAAAUACAACUGCCACAUCAACGUCGAAGUCUGCGCAUCAGUUAAGAGUGUAAAAUACCUCUUUAAAUAUAUAUACAAGGGCCACGAUUGCGCAAAAGUGGUGAUCCAGGAACAAGACAAUUUGAACCAUGAUGAAAUCAAAACCUACAUGGAUUCCAGGUAUGUCAGCGCACCAGAAGCAGCAUGGCGUCUAAAUGGAUUUGAGAUGCAUUACCAAUCCCAUUCAGUACACAGACUAGCAGUUCAUCUCCCAAACGAGCAAUCAGUAAUUUUCAACCCCGAAGACAUUGGCACAGCAACCGACAGAGCUACAAAUCGUGAAACACAAUUGACAGCAUGGUUCAAACUAAAUCAACAAGACCAGAAAGCAAGAAACAUAUUAUACGCAGACAUCCCAUUACAUUAUGUCUUUGACACCGUAAACAGCACAUGGAAAAUACGCCAGCGUGGUGCAGAAAAAGUGAUUGGUAGAAUGUAUUCUGUGAACUUGCCAUCAGACCCAGAGCGCUACUGCCUACGCCUUUUACUGUUGCAUAUACCAGGAGCAACAUCCUAUGAACACCUCAGAACCGUGGAUGGAAAUGAAUACCCAACUUUCCAAGAAGCAGCAAAAACAAGAGGGCUCAUAAAUGAUGAACAAGUGUGGGAAAGUACACUAGAGGAUGCAGCACAUUACAACAUGCCCACACAAAUCAGAGAACUCUUUGCCUAUAUCUGUGUCUUUGCAUCCCUCCAAAACAUGCAGGAACUAUUUACAAAAUAUGAACAAUACCUCAUUGAGGAUUACGUCCAUAAACAUUUACAACACAAUACCGAGUGCACAGUAUGCCGUGACCUCGCCCUCCAAGAAAUUGCCAAUAUUUUAACACUCCAUGGAAAGAAAUGCACAGACUACGGCUUGACAUACACCAUACAGAAUACAAAGCACCUGACAGAUACAUACAACCAAGCCUAUGAAAGACAAACAGCAGAAGAGAUGUCCAGAACCUUCAAUGAUGACCAAAAAUCAGCCAUAGAACAAAUUUUAGCAGCAAGCCAAAAUGAUGAGCUAGACCACCGCUGCUUUUUCUUGGAUGGGCCAGGAGGCAGUGGAAAAACAUACUUAUAUAAAACCAUACUCAGCACAGUGCGUGGCCAAGGUGAAAUCGCACUCCCUGUAGCCUCCACAGGCAUAGCAGCUAACCUUCUACAAGGAGGCAGAACAUAUCACUCACAAUUCAAAUUGCCAGUACCCAUACUUGAAAACUCUGUGUCUAACAUGCGCCUCAAUUCUCAAGAUGCUAAAAAUCUAAAAAAAGCAAAAAUAAUCAUUUGGGAUGAGUCAACGAUGGCACCCAAUCAAGCACUAACAACUGUAGACAAACUAAUGAAAGAAAUCAUGGAGAACAACAAGCCCAUGGGAGGUAAAGUAUUUCUACUGGGAGGAGAUUUCCGACAAACACUACCAGUGGUGCCACACGGAAGUCAAACACAUAUCGUUGAGGCCUGCAUAAAAUUCAAUACUCUGUGGCCCACAUUCACAAUCCUCAAACUCAAAAACAAUAUAAGAUCCAAUGACCCAGAUUUCAGCGAGUGGCUAAUCAAGGUGGGCAAUGGAGAGACACCACGCAUUGAGGGAUUACCAGAAGAUAUCAUUGAGAUCCCAGAAAGCAUAAUAUGCAGAGAGAAUAUCGUGAGAGAGAUUUUUGGAGACAAUAUUCAAGUGCAAAACGUCCGAAAAAUAGCAAACAGAUCCAUCCUUUGCCCAAAAAACAGUGAUGCUGACACCAUCAAUGACCAGGUGCUCAACAUUUUGGAGGGCCAAGAAAUCAUUUAUCUCAGUUCAGACUCAAUAGAUGACAUCACCGAAGAAGAUUCCAAAAACUACCCAACAGAAUUCCUAAAUGACCAAACACCAAUGGGAAUGCCCAAACAUACACUCACCCUGAAAGUAGGCGCAAUAAUAAUGCUUCUUAGAAACCUAAACACAAAAAAAGGAUUAUGCAAUGGCACCCGCCUCAUUGUGGAAAACCUUGAAAAGAAUAUCAUCAUAGCACAAGUAAUUACAGGAUCAGCACAGGGAGACAUGGUCUUCAUUCCAAGAAUUGAUUUAGCACCAUCUUGCACUGACUUGCCAUUCACUUUAAGAAGACGACAAUACCCAGUCAAAUUGGCUUUCGCUAUGACAAUCAACAAAUCACAAGGACAAACCCUGGAAAAGGUCGGAAUCUAUUUGCCUGACCCAGUAUUCAGCCAUGGACAAUUAUAUGUAGCAUUAUCCAGAGUGAGAAGUUUUAACGACGUUGUGGUCAGGGUACUGGAAGGCCCAGAACAAGGAAGACUAAUAGCAGGCUCAGAACAAAUAUUCACCAAAAAUGUGGUAUAUAAAGAAAUACUGUAAGGGGGGAGGGGGGGAAACCAAGAAAAUAAUAAACAAAACAUAAUAUUUAAUCAACAAAUAGCCACAUAAUUGAUUACGAAAAUAAUAAAAGAGAAGGACAAACAACAACAACAACCACAAAAAGGGAACAAAAGCAGAGACACAGGGACAAGGGAGAGGGGAGAGCGGAAUAAAAAAGGAGACAAAAACAACGACACAGAGAAAGAGACAAAGAGUAAAACAGAGGGGGAGACAAACACAAAAAAAUGGGGAAAGAUAUGAAGAAAUACUAUGAGGGUUGAGAGACGGAAAACAAAACAAAGAAACUGAGUUUGAAAAGAACACCAAACAAGCAUAUUAUUUAAACAGAAAACACCUGAUAACGAUGUAAAAAAUAAAUAAGAAAGAUGGAAGAACAAAAGAAAGUGGGACAACGAGAAGAGAAUAAAAGGAGAGACAGAGGAACCAGGGAGAGGGGAAAGGAAAUAAUAGAGUGCAGGAAAGGGAAUAAAGCAAAAUUCAGCCAACACAAAAAUAAAACCUCAACUUAUACAAACACUAAGCACACUUAUGGCCGAGAACAAUCCAUUUGCAGAAGCCUGCAUAAUGUUGCACCAGGUUUAAAAAGAGUAUCGAGAAGAUGCCGCCAGAACAGACAAUGCUAUUAAGGAACUGUCCAUGACAAUAAUCCAAGAUCACAAAAAUGCCUCAAGGUGGUAUCAUGCACCAAAACAGAAUGUGGCUGCAUUUAUUUUUCUAAAAAAUGACAAACAACCACCACUUGAAAGAGAUCUUCUAAUACACUGCAAACCAAGUGCAGGCGAUCCAGACCAGAGAAGAAUACAGAGAGUUAGUGUCCUUGAUCCGAAUCUAGAGCAAAUGGUGAACCCCUUGCUAUUUCCCUAUGGGGCACAAAGCUGGGGAAUUUACAUACCUUUACAACUCAAACCACAAGCCUUAUUAGACUUAACAAAACAGUCCCAAGCACCAAGAGUGAGGGUAAGCCAAAUGUAAUAUUAUGGCUACCGCCUUUCCAUCAGAGACAACUAUAACGCCUUCUAAAAUGCUGGACACCUUACACAGCAAUAUAUAGUAGACGGAUAUGUCAAAACCAAGGCCAACACACUCAAUUACGUCCGCCAAAAUCAGCUAAAAUGGCGAACAGAAAAAUACUCAGGAUUAAUGGUCCAAUUACAUGAUGAAGCCAAUGGAGCAGGCUUAAUUCCGGAAAAUAUCUAUAUUUUGCCAUCCUCAUUUGCAGGUAGCCCCAGAAACAUGCUGUACAACUAUCAAGCCACAAUGGUGAUUGUGAGAAAGUAUGGUAAACCUAAUGUUCACUAUGACUUUGUCUCUGCAAAUUGCACUUGGAAAUUAUGACAACGUGGUUCAGACAAAGUGAUCGGACUAAUGUAUUCUGUAAAUUUGCCAUUGGACCCAGAGCACUACUGUCUACACCUCCUAUUGCUCCACCAAUGAGCCCCUGGUGGUGCAGUGGUAAAACUGCCGCCCUGUAACCAGAAGGUUACAAGUUCGAUCCUGACCAGGGGCUCAAGGUUGACUCAGCCUUCCAUCCUUCCGAGGUCGGUAAAAUGAGUACCCAGAAUGUUGGGGGCAAUAUGCUAAAUCAUUGUAAACCGCUUAGAGAGCUCCGGCUAUAAAGCGGUAUAUAAAUGUAAGUGCUAUUGCUAUUGCUAUUGCUAUGUUCCAGGUGCAGAAUCCUUUAAUAAUCUCAUGAGACGCAUGACCCUACUCAGCACAGUUCGUGGACAAGGUCAAAUCACACUCCCUGUAGCCUCCACAGAAAUAGCAGCCAAUCUACUAAAGGGAGGCAGAACAUACCACUCCAAAUUCAAAUUACCAGUGCCUAGACUUGAGAACUCCAUAUCAAAUAUGCGCCUCAAUUCUGCAGAUGCAGAUAAUUAGAGAGAAACAAAAAAACUCAUUUGAAACGAGUCUACAAUGGCCCCCACAUUAGCGCUUUCAAAAUUCAACCAACUAAUGAAAGAAAUAAUGGAUAACAACAAACCUGUGGAAGAAAAAUUUUCCUGAUUGGUGGAGAUUUCCAGUAAACACUUCUGGUGGUGCCACACGGUAAACACACAUGAAUGGAAGAACCCUGCAUAAAGUAAAAUAGGCCUAGGCCCACAUUCCAAGUGCUCAACCUUCAAAUCACUGUCCAAUCAAUCAACAAAGAAAACAGCGACUGGCUACUCAAAUCUGGCAAUGGUGAGACACCGCGCAUUGAUGGUCUUCCAGAAAACGUCAUUGAGAACCCAUCCAAAAUUAUAUGCACAGGGGAUAUUGUCAAAUACAUUUUUGGAGAUAACAUUCCUGUUGCCAAUGUGCCCGAAAUAGCAAAUAGAUCUAUCCUUCGCCCAAAGAACUCCGAUGUUGAUGCCAGAAAUGAACAGGUACUCAACAUUUUGGAAGGAGAAGAAGUUACAUAGCUCAGCGCAGACACAAUUGAUGACUCCAGUGAAAAGGAUACAAAAAACUAUCCAAUCAAGUUCCUCAAUGAGCUAACACCAACAGGCAUGCCUAAGCAUUAUCUCACCAUGAAACUGCAAGCAAUAAAUAUGCUCCUUAGAAAUCUCAACACCAAGAAAGGAUUAUACAAUGGUACCCGCCACAUCGUAAAGAACCUGAAAAACCCCCUCAUCAUUGCUCAAGUGAUAACAGGAUCAGCAGAGGGAGACAUGGUCUUCAUCCCCCGUAUUGAUUUGGCACCAUCCUGCACUGAUGUACCCUUUACCUUGCAAAGGCGACAAUUACCAAUUAAAUUAGCCUAUGCCAUGACAUUAAAUAAAUCUCAGGGCCAAACCCGAGAAAAAAUAGAGAUUAAUUUGCAAGAGACAGUAUUCAGCCACACACAGUUAUAUGUGGCAUUAUCAAGAGUCAGGAGUUUUGCAAACGUUGUGGACAAGGUACUAGAAGACCCAGACCAAGGCAAACUAUUAGCAAACUCAAAAAUAAUAUUCACAAGAAAUGUGGUGUAUACAUAAAUUCAAUAAAAAAAGAAAACAAUACCAAAAUUAUUUAAAAAACUUCAAAUAUGCUCUAUGUGAGAUUGAACAUUGAUUGUUCAUCUUAAAUCCCACUGAGGCCACAUAAAAAAGAAUGAAAAAUCAAUCCAACACAAAAAUAAAACCUCACCUUAUGCAAGAACUAAGUACACUUAUGGCAGAAAACAAUUCAUUUGCUGAAGCCUGCAAAAUGCUACACCAGGUAGAAAGAGAGUGUCAAGAGGAAGCCAACGAUGCUAUUAAGGAAGUUACCUUGACUAUAGUCCAAGAUCAUGAAAAUGACCCAAGACGUUAUAAUGCACCAAAGCAUAAUGAGGUAGCGUUUAUUUUCCAAAAUAAGGAUGGAGAACCUCCACUGGAAAGAGAUCUACUAAUACACUGCAAACCAAGUGCAGGCAAAACAUACCAUAAAAUAACAGAAAGAAUUAGUGUCCUAGAUCCUAAUCUCGAGCCACUGCUGUACCCAUUGCUAUUCCCCUAUGGAGAACAAAGCUGGGGAAUAGACAUAACUUUACAACUCAGACCACAAGCCUAUAAAGCUUUAGCAAAACAGCCAUGAGCACCAAGAGUAAGAGUCAGCCAUAUGCAGUACUGUGGGUUUCCAUCAGAGACAACAUUAACACCUUCCAAAAUGCUGGACGUCUAACACAACAAUACAUAGUAGAUGAAUAUGUCACAACAGAAGCCAACAGGCUCACUUUUGUCUGGAAAAAUCAGCCCAAAUUGAGAGUGGAGAAAUACUCAGGAUUAAUGGACCACUAAAAUGAAAAAGCCAAUGCAACAGGCCUAAUUC